CUUGUUCUUUAAUCAUUUCAUAUUCUGGGAUUCACUAGUUUUUUUGUUUUUUUGUUUUUAUUCUGAUGGCAAAUGGUAUAUUUGAUUGGUUAUCUUCAUUCCCUCUUUCAUAUUUUGGCUUAAUCAGUUAAUAUUAUUUCUCGUUCUUUGUUUGCGAUCUUCCUUUUUUUUGGAUUUCUUGUGCAGAAUUGAUUGAUUUUUCAAUGUUUGAUUUCCUAGGUUUUCCAUUUCGACCGCUGGUUUCUUUUGCAAUUGAUUAUAUUAUGUUGUUUUCUGUUCAUCAAAUAAUCCUGUCUAUUCAAGUCACAUUUCUCUUAUUUUACUUGUGCUUGAGAAUCAAGGGUGGAAGAUAAUGCCCAGUUAUCCUGGAAAUUGCUUCAGUUUUUAACGAUUCAGAAUCUCAGAUGAGAAUCAGAAUGCUUAGAGAGAGAGACGAUGACCUUGUCUCAUAUAUUUUCUACGUUCUUGUUUCCGGGAAUGAUAUUGAUUUUAAAAAUUAAUCUUACAAAAUCACGCAUACUUGCACUUAUGUCAUAAUGGGACAUUAUUUGUUCUUUUGGUCUGUAAUUUCUGAUUGAAACAGGAAGAAAUUGAAGCACCCAUGUGGGUUGAUCUCACCUUAGAAGGGAAGUCCAAAAAUCAGAACAUAUGCUCUUACUUUGAUUGCAGUGAUGAUAAAUGGUUCUAUACAUACCACCCGGUCCACCAAACUUCCUCUCAUGACCUGAAAUCAGAAUUUUCUCGGCUGUUUGAGGAAGCAAAGGCUUUAGAUUUUGAAUUAUUGGUGUAUACUAUUCCAAAAAUUCUCACCUCUGUCUCAAGAUCAAGAGGGAGAGAUUUUGACAACAAUAAAUCGAAAGGUAUCGGUCAGGAUUUUGCAAUGGACAAGCAAGUCAUAGUUGAGGAGCUGAGUUCAGGAUCAGCAGCCACUAAAUGGAAGCCGAGGCCAAAGCCGAGCUUUACAGACUCAAAAAGAAUCUUGAGUUCAGAUCCAAGUUUGGUUUCUGUUGCAACCUGUUUAACUGGAAAUGCAAUGCUAAAUGUUUCAGCUACUGGUUCGAGUCCAGGGGGAAAGGAGCCAGCUGACAGCAGAAUUGGUAUCAGUCAUCGACAACCGCAUAAACCAAUGUUGGCAACAAGUCAAACAUUGGGCCAUUCUAGUAGACUUUUGUCAGAUAUGAGAUGUCUCAGGAAAAGCUGUGUCAUUAGUCAACAAGCAUCAAGAUUGGAGGAUAAUAGCCGUCAAAGGCAGUCAAGCGGCCACCACUCUUCUUUGAAUAAUUCAAGCGUAUGCUCCUCUUUGAAUCCUGGUUUUGGUGCUAAGAGUAUCACCAACACUACUAGCUUUCCCAGGAUGACUCAAGCAGCAAUGAACAAAGACAAAGUUUCAAGCGUAUGCUCAAGCACAUUAAUAAUUCAAGUGGAAGACGCAAGUUCCAACACAAGGAGGGUCGGGAAACUCUAUAAUGAUAAGCCAGUCCACCUCAAGCCUUCAAAACCAAAGAUACUUCGUCCAAAAGUAUCACUACUACAGAAAAAAGAUGAGUGUAACACUUGUUUAAAGCCAAAUAAACAGGAAUGUUUGGCUGGAACCGCUGGAUGCAAAACCGUUGUAGCUGGAAAGUAGAAUGCAAUAGGGAGAAUUGUUAGAGACUCUUCUACUUUUAGUAUGGUCAAGGAUCAGAAAAGAACACAUCAUACCGCUCCACAAAGACUUGGCGGAUGAAGUGUAGUUGGCUCAAAGCUGCCUAAAAAUUGGCAUCCAUGUGAGGAAAAAAUCUGGAAAAUGGAAGCAAAAGGAUGUACUUUCGUUGAGUGAUCUGAUGAAGGAAGGAGACUGAACAUAUGCAACAUCUUCUACGCAUGAGAAAGGAGGCAACGGAAUCUCUUUCCGUUCUUUUCCAGACUCCUGUAGUAAGUUCCACUCUCUUCUGUUUAACAUGUUAUUUGCAUCCGUUGUUAAUGGAGAAUAAGAAAAAAAUUGAGAAA